UUUCUGUUGUGAGCCGCCCCGAGGCUUCGUUGCGAUGGGGGCGGCAUAAAAAUAUUUUAAAUAAAUAAAUAAACUGCUCAUAGAACUCUGUGUGCUAUGGAACAGUAUGUAAAUGUAGUAAAAAUAAAGACUUAAACUAAAAAAUCAAAGGCACCAAGAGGAUCUAGUCAAUAACUUGAUGAAGUUCUGUAAAUGCUCACUAAAAUAAAACUGUAUUUUUCACUAGUUGAAAGGAGAUAAGUAAUAAAGUUAGACCAACCUUCCUUUGCCAGGUUAUUUUAAAAAUUGAAAAACAACAAUAUUUAUUUAUAGGAUCUUUCCAUAAAUUGCUUAACUCUAGGCUUCACUUUAUCUCAGUUAAUGUAGGUUUGUGUUUCAUAUUAGUUAUCAGUGUGAAAAUAAUGAGUGAUGAGCUCUCAAUUUUUCAUUUUAUUGUUGCAGGUAAUUUUAUCGGGAAUUAUAGGAUUAACAACAUGGAAGAGACCAAUGAUACUUUUGGUUAACUUGUUUGUUUUGCUUUCUGUUAUCUGUGUUCUCUUGAACCUUGCGGGAUUUAUUCUUGGAUGCCAAGGUGCUCAAUUUGUGUCCAGUGUACCUAGAUGUGAUUUGGUUGAUGUGGGUGACAAUAAGUUUUGUUUCUGUUGUGAAGAAUUUCUCCCAUCAAAAUGCACAGAAAAAGAAAAUGUAUUGAAGCUAUAUCCAGUCCAGUCAUGUAACGCAGGUCAUCUUCUACUCAAGAAAGUUCUCUUUGCGCUCUGUGCUCUGAAUGCACUGACCACCACAGUAUGUUUAGUAGCGGCUGCUCUGCGUUACCUGCAAAUAUUUGCUACUAGAAGAUCCUGCACAGAAGAAUCCCACAUUCGUGUAGAAGAAGCUGAAGAACAAGGUCACAUUUCUGAUCCAGAAGAUUUUGUGCCCCCUGUCCCCCCUCCAUCAUAUUUUGCUACAUUUUACUCUUGCACACCUAGGAUGAAUCGGAGGUAAAGUGCUGACACUCAAUUUUUUCUGGAUAUUCUGGGUCACUGUCCGAUAACUGAUUUAACUUUAGUUCUGCCACUUUCCCUGAAGUCAUGAUUUAGGUGUGUCUCCUUCCUCCCCUUCACCCCCAAGUGGUACCUACUGUAAUUUUAGACUGACUGCAGGCUAUAAUUUUGUGGUUUUCGUCUAAGAGUUUUGUGACAUUUGAGUCUAGGUAAGAGAAAUGUAGUAAUUUAUUGAACUGUGAUGUUAAAAAGUUGUUCCCUUGAGCUAGGAUAGAAAGUGCUUUCAACUAUUCCAUGUCACAUGUGCAGCACUCUAGCCUUUUGAAAUGUCUGCAGGCAGAUUUUAAAAUCACAUUUCCUAUUUAGAUACCACAUAAUACUGAUAAUUAUUUAAUAUUUAGUAAUUUGUUUAGUAGUAUUUAUUAGACCAAGAACUACUAGAAGUACAGGCAGGGUUUCAAAAAGGCAGAGGAACUAGAGAUCAAAUUGCUAACAUAUGCUGGAUCAUGGAGAAAGCCUUGGAGGCCACCUGUGUCAGCCUGAUAUAUCUCAGCCUAUAAUCCUUGCCCCUCUCUCCUCCACACAAGGUUUCCUCUGUUACAGAUACUGAAGAUGAAACUCAAAUACUUUGGCCACCUAAUGAGAAGGAAGGACUCAUUAGGAAGGGCCCUAAUGCUGGGUACGAUUGAAGGCAAAAAGAAAAGGGGGUGGCAGAGGUUGAGAUGGCUAGAUGGGGUCACUGGGGUGGUAGGUGUGGGCCUGGAUGGACUCUGGUGGAUAGUGGAGGACAUGAGAUCCUGAAGGAAUGUUGUCCAUGGGGUCGUGAAGGAUUGGACACGAUUUGAUGACUAAACAAAUACUGAUAAUAGUGCAUUUACAGAGCAAUUCUAUGGCUCCUAGGUUGUGUUUGAGGAACUAUAGAGUACUUCAGAUUCCUAGAUUCAAGGUCAGAAAAAAUUCCAAAGUUAAAGGUGUGUAUCAGUGCUCUGAACUCUUUCCCUGUACUCACAGAAAAAACUUAAAUGGGGUUAUGGGCACAGGAAGGAGCUGCCAGGGAAUGAUGUAUCUUUUUCCUGCUUCAACCUUCUUUCCUUCCUCUCUGAAGUACCACAGCUAGACUCAAAAUUCUCCAUCUAGCCAAAUAGCCAAGCAAGAGAAGCAGGGAGGCGGAGACUGUUUCUGCUGCUUCCUUACUUUGUAAUGUAUACUCCUAAGCCUCUAAGUUCAUAGGCUUGGGAGCAUCAGGGGCUCAAUUGAUAGGUUGGGGGAGUUCUUCGUCGGGCCUCUGUGCAUCACACAUAUGGGUACUGCGCCUGCGCAGUGCCUUUGGCCGGAAGAUUGAUAGCUAACGGUUUUUGGCGGGAAGCUCCACUC